GGCAUAUCAGUCUCUCCCAGCUCGUACUUAAACCCUACAAAUUCAAAAGAAAGUUAAGCUUCUUAUUCCAUUCAAAGAUGGUGGUUCCAUGCGUUGCCGAGCUUUCCGAUCCUGUCAAUGAUGCGAUGGUCCCGAGACGUUGCAGUGCGAGAAUAAAAAAUUUGAAGAGUGAGCAGGAAGCUCAGCGUGAGCGUCAGAGAGUACGGUGCCGCUCCAAUGACGACUCAGUUCUUGAGAAGAAGCCCAAGGUUUAUAAGAAGAGCAAGGUUGUUACUUCCUCACAAGCUCAAGCUCCUAAUAAUGACGUCACAGUUUCCACUGUUGAUAACGAUGACGUCACUAUAACCAAUGUUGCUGCGCCAAAUGACUGUACCGAUCAUCCUGUUCCCGAAACCUCUCUGAAUCCCCAGCUUAGCGGGAACGGGACUGAGAAAAGUUCGCAUGCCAGGGUGACAGAGACUAUACGGAGAUUUAACAAACAUUAUCUCCAUUUCGUUCAGGAAGAGGAAAUAAGAUGUGGAAGAGUCCAAGCAGAUCAAAAAACAAAGAAAAAUUCAAAAUCUAAGGAAGCCGAAGAUGAUGGCAAACGCAGUUCCAAGCGGCCUGAUCUAAAGGCGAUUUCUAAGAUGAUAUCAGAAAAGGAGGUUUUGAAUCGUGAGAGAAUUGGCUCCCUUCCAGGCAUUGAUGUUGGUCAUCAGUUCUUUUCGCGUGCUGAGAUGGUCGUUGUGGGAUUCCAUAACCAUUGGCUAAACGGCAUUGAUUGUGUUGGCCAAUCUGCAGGGAAAAAAGGGGAGUACAAAGGCUACAGUUUGCCCCUUGCGGUAUCAAUUGUCGUAUCGGGACAGUAUGAAGACGACCAGGACAACUAUGAAGAAGUGGUCUAUACUGGUCAAGGUGGAAAUGAUCUUCUUGGUAACAAGCGCCAAAUAAAGGAUCAAGUCAUGGAACGGGGUAAUUUAGGGCUUAAGAACUGUAUGGAGCAAUCUGUACCUGUAAGGGUUACACGUGGACAUCGGUGUGUAAAUAGUUACGUUGGAAAGGUUUAUACCUAUGAUGGCUUGUAUAAGGUUGUAAAUUACUGGGCGGAGAAGGGUAUUUCUGGAUUCACGGUUUAUAAGUUCCGAUUAAAGCGUAUUGAAGGACAACCUGUGUUGACCACCAACCAGGUACAUUUUACUCGAGGCUGUAUUCCCAACUCUAUUUCUGAAAUACGAGGGUUGGUAUGUGAGGACAUUUCUGGUGGACUGGAGGAUAUUCCCAUUCCCGCAACUAAUUUAGUUGAUGAUCCACCGGUAGCACCGUUAGGUUUGACUUAUAGCAGGGAUAUCAUAUGUGCCAAAGGUAUAAAGUUCCCUUCAGCUCCCACAGGAUGCAACUGUCAUGGUUCGUGUCUUGAUCCAAGAGUUUGUUCUUGUGCUAAACUCAAUGGUUCUGAAUUUCCCUAUGUUCAUAAAGAUGGUGGAAGACUUAUUGAGCCAAAGGCUGUUGUUUUUGAAUGUGGUCCGAAUUGUGGAUGCGGACCUGCUUGUGUCAACCGCACUUCUCAGAAAGGACUGAGAUAUCGGCUUGAGGUUUUUCGUACUCCAAACAAGGGCUGGGGUGUGAGAUCAUGGGAUUAUAUUCCUUCUGGUGCAACCAUCUGUGAAUACACUGGUCUUUUGAAGAAGACAGAUCAGAUUGAUCCUGCAGCAGAUAACAACUAUGUUUUUGACAUUGAUUGCUUGCAAACAAUGAAAGGGCUCGAUGGGAGGGAGAGACGGUUGGGUGAGGUUUCUUUGCCGGGAUACUGGCACAACGAUGCUGAGAAGACGUCAGACGGAGGGCCAGAAUAUUGCAUUGAUGCAGUCUCUGUUGGCAAUGUUGCGAGGUUUAUUAAUCAUAGUUGUCAACCUAAUUUAUUUGUUCAAUGUGUGUUAAGCACCCAUCAUGACAUUGGUUUGGCAAGAGUGGUGCUAAUGGCAGCUGACAACAUACCACCUUUGCAGGAACUCACGUAUGAUUAUGGCUAUGUUCUGGAUAGUGUUAUGGAUCGCGAGGGGAAGGUUAAACAAAUGGCUUGCUACUGUGGUGCUGCUGACUGUCGUAAACGCUUGUUUUGAUGGGAUAUGUAACCAUUCCUUAGCACACAAUUGCAUAAUUUUUGGGUUUCUAUAUGCUGAUUUCUCAUCAUCUGCACUUGUGUGUAGUGUGUACUAUCGUUGGGAAAUUGGCUCCAAGUGUAAUAUAUUGUAUUGCCCAAUGAGAAAACGAACUUGUUAAUUUGAUUUCACAUUCAUUGUGAAUGUGCGUGCUUUUGUUAAAUAUAUAUUAUA